AUGUCCUAUUUUGGAGUAUAAAUACCUAAAAAGCCACAAACUUCAGAGAUAUCUUCUAGAAAGAGGAUUCGUAUUUCCUAGAAAUAGGAUUUAAAUUUAUUAGAAAAAGAUUAAAAAAACUAAAAAGAAAUAACUUAAUCAUUUAUCAGCUAAAAUGAUUUGUAGAGUCCAAAGGAGAUAGGUAUUUCAUAAUAAUACAGCAUAUAUGGGAUAAAACAAAAACAUGAAAAAGAAUUUAAUAGAAAAAAUAUUUUUAGCAAUAGCAACAUACAAAACGAUUAAGCACCUAGUACGAAGAACAACAUCUCAGUACAGAAAAUAUCUAAAACAAUGAACAAUUUUUUCAAAGAAAAUCAGCAAACAGGAGAAAAAAAAGGUUCUACCUUCUACUCACCAGUUACUCAAAUUUUACAACCUAAAAACUCAGUUCAAAUAAACCCUAAGAGAAAUAUUUAUGGUUAUCUUGUUUCACCUUAACCUAAGUAGCUUAGUAAUAUUUUUUAAUCUUCAUAGCUCGUCUUUGGUGAUAACAAAGUAUUUGUUAAACAGUAAACUUCUAGAGUUAGUUAUUCUACAAAAGAAGAAUCUGAUCGUCCUCGCAGCUAUGCUGGAUAUAAAUCAUUUACCACUUUGUUAACAUCGAAGAGUAGAAUAGAGGAAAAUGACAAAUCCAAUAAUUAAACAAAAGCUUAACUCUCUUAGCCAGCUCCUUAUAAAUUUAUAAUUGGCAAAGGAAAUAAUUCUGAAUUAGUAAGAAAAGUGAUGUCAAAGAAAUAGGGUUGGGUAGAAUGCACUGGCCAUUACGUUUAUUAUAAUUUCAAUUGGUAGUCAGUAAGCAGUUUAGUUAAGUUUGAUCGGAUGAAAAGCUCUGAACACCAUACAUACCUAGUAAAUCACUUUGAAUUCCAUAGAGAAAUAACCUAAAAAGACAGAUUGAUAAAAAAUAUAAGCAACUACUCAAAGCUCAAUUAAAUUAAUUAAUUUGACAUUACUCCUUUGACUUUCAUCUUUAAUUUUGAUUAAGACAGUUUCGAUUCAGAAAUGGAAGAUUUUCUCAGCUUCUUUCUUUCUAAAUCAACUACUCCUGCUGUAGAAAUGAUAGCAAUAGAAAUCUUGAGAAGAAAAAAUUAUUAUCGUAACUCUUAAAUGAAAUCUAGCUAAAUAUUAAAUAGUGCUCGUACUAAAAUUAGCUAUAACUAAGUUUCUAAUCACAGUUGCUUAUUCAGAGGCAAAAAUAUAUGGAUAUUUAAACCUAGUGAUACAAAUAGAGGGAGAGGAAUCAAAUUAUUUAAUAGUGUUUAAUAGCUCUUGAGUAUUCUCCAAGAGUAUGCAGAAUCAACGAUCCCAAAAUCUUAUAAAAUGGACUAUAAUGGAAUAAAAAAAAUAUCCCUGAAUAGGCAGUUUGUUAUUUAAAAAUAUAUUGAAUAACCAUUACUAAUUAAUCAAAGAAAAUUCGAUAUUAGAAUGUGGGCUAUGAUGACAUAUGACUUUCAAGUGUAUAUAUUUAAAGAAGGUUAUAUUAGGACAGCAAGUGAAAAAUAUGAUUUAUAAGAGAAUAACUUUAACGAUUUAAUUAUCCAUUUAACAAAUAAUGCAAUAUAAAAAACUGACGAAAGAUAUCAGAAAUUUGAAUUUGGUAAUCAGCUAUCUUUCAACAAUUUAGAAAAAUACUUCAAAGAUUCAAAAAUAAACUGCAAUUUUAGAUAAAAAAUAUUACCUAAAAUGAAGGAAUACAUAGUAUUUACUCUUGACUCUAUUAAAAAUAAAAUAAACUAAUUUGAUAGAAAAUUUUGUUUUGAAAUUUUUGGAUACGAUUUUGUUAUUGAUAAUUAACUAAACCCUUGGCUAAUUGAAGUAAAUACAAACCCAUGUCUCGAGGAAUCGAGUCCUCUUUUGCAGUAGUUAAUACCAAGAAUGUUAGAUGAUGCAUUUAAAUUAACAGUUGAUAAAUACUUUCCAGUAAAAAGUGAUUUUUUUAAAGAAGAUGCUCUUGUAAAUCCAACAGUUUAUAAAGUUGAUGGAUAUUACGACUAUGAAAAUAUGUGGGAGUAAAAUCCAAGCUUUGACUAUUAUUUGCUUAAAAAGAAAAAAGAAAUUAAAAUAAAUUGA